GCCUCGGCGCUCGGCUAGGCGGGCGGCCUGCGCGGCACCGCCCCCGGCCGCCCCAGUGCCCCGCCCCGCCGCCGGGCACCGCCAGGCACCCCCGCCGAGAUGUCCGCGUUGAGGGUCACUCGGCAAAUGCUUCAAACCAUUGCAGGGCAUGGAUGGAGGUCAUGUUCUAGUAAACCUGCUCAAAACUUACAUAUAGGCAAACCUGGAGCUGGCUUUAGCUUUGAACUUACUGAUGAACAGAAAGAGUUUCAAGCUACUGCUCGUAAAUUUGCUGUAGAGGAAAUUAUUCCUGUUGCUGCACAAUAUGACAAAACUGGAGAGUACCCUCUUCCACUUAUAAAACGGGCUUGGGAACUUGGUCUUAUGAAUUCACAUAUACCAGAAAGCUGUGGUGGUCUUGGCCUUGGUAGUUUUGAAGCGUGCCUUAUUACGGAAGAGUUAGCGUAUGGAUGUACGGGGGUUCAAACUGCCAUUGAAGCAAAUUCCUUAGGGCAAAUGCCAGUAAUCAUUGCAGGAAAUGAGCAUCAGCAGAAAAAAUAUUUAGGGAGAAUGACAGAGGAACCAAUGAUGUGUGCUUACUGUGUAACAGAGCCUGGAGCAGGCUCUGAUGUGGCUGGUAUAAAAACAAAGGCUGAGAAGAAAGGAGAUGAAUAUGUCAUUAACGGUCAGAAGAUGUGGAUCACAAACGGUGGGAAAGCAAACUGGUAUUUUUUGCUAGCUCGUACCAAUCCAGAUCCAAAGGCUCCUGCAAGCAAAGCCUUUACUGGAUUCAUUGUGGAAGCAGAUAGCCCUGGAAUUCAAAUUGGAAGAAAGGAAAUGAAUAUGGGUCAACGCUGCUCGGAUACAAGAGGUAUUGUCUUUGAAGAUGUGAGAGUCCCAAAAGAAAAUGUAUUAAUAGCUGAGGGAGCUGGCUUUAAAAUCGCAAUGGGAGCUUUUGAUAAGACCAGACCACCCGUAGCAGCUGGUGCUGUUGGAUUAGCAAAAAGAGCACUUGAUGAAGCUACUAGGUACGCUUUGGAGAGAAAAACCUUUGGGAAACCAAUUGUUGAACACCAAGCAGUGUCUUUCUUGCUUGCUGAAAUGGCAAUGAAAGUGGAACUUGCUAGGAUGGCUUACCAGAGAGCUGCAUGGGAAGUUGAUGCUGGUCGCAGGAACACCUACUAUGCUUCCAUUGCAAAGGCAUUUGCUGGUGACAUUGCAAACCAAGUAGCUACAGAUGCAGUACAGAUUUUUGGAGGAAAUGGAUUUAAUACUGAAUAUCCUGUAGAAAAACUAAUGAGAGAUGCUAAAAUCUUCCAGGAAAAAAAAACGUAGAGAAAACUGAUGAAAAUACUAAUGCUUGCUUUGGUAUUCUGUAAGUAGAGAUCGUUUAUGUAUAAUGUUGUUCUUGAAAACCUUCAGUGGUGGAAAUCCUCUGACCAUUCAUAUGUAUCCUGGACUGGUGUCUGCCUGUAGUUUAGCUUUCCUCUCAGCCUGAAUGCUACAGCAGCUUCUUCACCUUUUUCCUCAUAAGUUGGGGGUGGGUUUUUUGUUUGUUUGGGUUUUUGGUUUGGUUUGGUUUUGUUUCCUUUCUGUUUCCAGCCUCUUCAUCAUUUGUUGCUGUACUCUAAACCUUCUGUUUGAAACUUUCGUAUUAUAAGCUGGGUGGAAUACUUUGGUUGAGAUACCACCAGUAUUGAGUGUCAUGGAAUGAUUAUCUUGCAUGUGUUGUAUUAACAGAAGUGUGACACAACCUGGAGUGAUUAGCCUUGUUUUUUUAACACAAAAACUGCUCAUAUUUACUCAUGUUUAGCCCAUGGUCACCCGUAAUCCCCAGGUUUUUUUCCGCAGUGUGACUGCCAAGAAAUUAUUCCAUGUCAUGUUGUAGUUCUUCUAUUAGCGUAUACUAUGCUACAGUUCUGUAUUCAGCAAGAAUAUUUUAAUUGUGUUCAGCAAAACCAGUAAUCUAUAUUGACAUUAUAUGACAUUAAUAGUGACUAGAUAAAACAUAUCAAAAUAGAUAACAAGAAAUGUCUGCAGACCAUGACCUGUAAUGUUAGUUAGCUAUAGUAGCUGUCAUUCUUAAGAUUCUAGGUGGUUAAUAUUUCUCUUACAGCUGACUUUAAAAUGAAAACUAUUAUACUCACUAGCCAAGAAUUUAUUUUUCUCUAUUUAAGGAAAGACAACCACUAUUUUGGAAUCUAAAGGUUCUUAGAACUAAUUGCACUCCUGUGAGUGAGGAAAUGAAUGAUUAAUUGAACUUUAUUAUGAUUGGGCUUUUUUCCUGUCAGGUUGCAUGCUUUUCUAGAGAAAGGUGGUGUGAGGGUUAGAACUUUAUUUGGAAGCUGAGAUUGAUUUUACAGGAUCCCAGUUAUUUAGAUUUUACAUUACACUGAUCCAUCACAAAUGCAUGGCUAAGUACACUUUUUUUUAAUUGUUCAGAUUAAUCAGAUUUAGUAUUGAAUUGUUGGUGUUUUUCUGUUCCAUUUCAUCCCCAAAAGAAUUCAGGAAAGGCUUUUGUCUUUACAAUUAUUUUGUCCAUGUCUCUUGAUUAUACCUUGCACUUCCCUGUGCUUUACUGUAUUGCUGCCCAGUUCCAGAUGGUGCAUGCUUUUGGCUGUAUGUUUCAUGUACAAAAACUUGGUUUUCCAACUUUUCUUCCAUGUAUUCGAUCUUUUUCAGUGUUACACAAUUCUAAUACUGUGUUUACUGGUAACAUUUUUACAUGUCCUUACUCUGCUCUAGGUUUGUCUGGCUACAAAUCUAGGCUACUCUGGUAGAAAGUCUAACUUAGUUUCCCUUCUCAGAUUUGGAAAACUUCCCUUCUUUAAUUGUCAAUGAUUCUUGAAACUAUUUUGAUUGGCUUAUAAACCAAAACCUUUCUUGUAAUUACUUAAGAAGAUUGUGAGUUUUGAUGUCUUAACACUUGAGUUCCAUGGCUGUCUUCAUCAGCAAGUAAUUUAGUGCAAUAGGAGCAGAUGAGUAGAUUGCAGGAAUAGCUGCCGAGGCCCCGACAACUACACUACAAGCAGUUUGAGCAGACUGAGUUCAUAGCGAGCCUCUCUGGUCCCUUGGACUGUAUGUCUCCACUGUGCGUGUAAUUGUAAAGAUGCUGUUGUAGGCUUGGGCCAUUAUGUCUUCAUUAGGGAUUGGUGGGUAUUUGGUAUAUAGAGAAAGCAGAGCUUCCAUUUCAGUUUGCUCCAGAUGGCACCUAGUAUUCACAAAACAGCCUGCUCUAUGAGCUGCAUCAACGUGGGGUAAGCAGCAGCAGUCAGAGAAUUCACUUUGGGAAUGAACAAUUUCUUCUGAACCAAAAAACUAAUGUGAACACAGGUUCUAGUGUUUUUAUUUUCAAAAAGCUUUGUAAGGUUCUUGGGAAGAUUGUUCCUGUAAGUGAAUGAGAUAGUGAAUUUGCAUGAAUUUGAGCAAUUUGCCAAACCAAGUUCUGGCAGAACAGGGAGCUGAAGCACUUGAACCCCUAAACUAUGUUGCUUCAGCCCUUGCAUUACACUCCAGUAUACUUGUGGAGCAUAUGGCCUCCUUCGGCAUUAGAGCUUUAUAUAUGCUUUGUUGUCUAUCUUUGACUUUCCUGCCAGCAAACAAAUACAAUAGAGGGAUGAUGCAGACUGUGUCUAGAAGAAAAUGCAAGAAUACAUGAUUAAAAAAAACAAAACAAAAA